UUCCAACGGAGUGAUGUCAUGUGUCGAACCUCGGAUGAGCAUUCUUGAUCAUGUCUUGCCCCCAAUCCCUCAACCACAUAUCUCCAACCUAUAAAAAGUAAAAUGAUCACCAGGCAAAAUCCACAAGAAAAUCAACCUCUAUCCCAUACAAGAAUCUAACCCAAAAAGAUCUCAAAAUUCUUGAACCCAGUAAUCAUGACCACUUCUCCUCCGUUCUUAUCUUCAUUGAUCAACAUUCCCAACUCCAAACUCACGAAUCAUGAUGUGGGUUUGCCCAAAAUCAAAUAUUCUGUGAGGGAAAAGCCAUUUUUGACUCAUUUCCACCACAUCAAUUCGGUUCCCCUUGUUGGCAAGUCCCCCUCUUCCUCCGGUUCUUGCAUUUCAGCCACCAUCACCAAUUCAACAACUCUUGACAAUGACAGUGUUAGUGACGAGGGGCUGAAAGCCGAGUCCAGAAUCGGGGCAAGAGUGCGGGUCAAGGAGCCGGUCAAAGUGUACCAUGUGCCAAAAGUGCCAGAGUUCGAGUUGACGGGCAAGAUUGGUGUGUUGAAGCAGUACGUUGGGGUUCAUAAAGGAAAAAAAAUCUCCGCUAACUUGCCGUAUAAAGUGGAAUUCGUGGCCGAUGAGGUUUUGGGCCGUGAUGGGAAUCCUGUGAAGUUCACUGCACACUUGAGGGAAGAUGAAUUUGAGUUUCUUGAUUGAUUUUAUAGAGUCUUCUGACCAAAAAGACCCUGAUAGAAGACAGCUGCUACUGGAUUUCAAGCUCUAUCUUAUUCUUGGAUGCAUAGUCUAUGUCUUGACCUUUGUUAUCCAAAUCACCUUCCUUUCCGAUAUGCAUCUGAAGAUUUCUGCUGAAACUUUUCAUGUCUACCCUAUGGCUUAUCAUGAUCCAGACACAUAGUAACACAUAUAUAGAUAACAGUGCACUUAAAGAUCUGGAUCUGUUUGUAAUAGAAAGAUACUUGUUUGAUUCUGCUAUCUAUAUAGAGAACUAAAUUGUACUGGUAGAUAAAUGACUGUGAAGGUCGGUAUGAAAUCUUCUCUCACAUGAUGUGCUGCUCCAGUUGCUCAUAUGUAAUAUAGUUGGCAAAGAUGUUGCUUACUUAUUUUCCCGCAACUAUUUGUAUUCAAGAACCGUUGAUAGAUAUUAGAUUAUUGAUUGAUUGAAACUGUGUGGAGAGAAGUGAGUGCAAAUUUUCAAACAUGUACUAAAUUUUUGCAUGUUUACUAGCUUUUUCCUUACUAUAUUAUAGAGAAAUAAAAGUUAUCACUGAGCUAUAGUUUUACUAUUCUACUAUACACGGCACGACAAUAAUUUUACUGCAAUAUAGAGAGAAUAAAAGUUGUCAAUAACUUAUAAUGACUUGACAUUUCAAGAAAUCAUCUGCGGAGUGUCAGAUGAAUUGAUCUGAUUUGGACACAUGUCUCACAUGCUGUUUAAAGUAUCUGCAUAUUCAAGAAAACAGAAAAUAGAGUUCGGCCUUGGCCUGGGGGUGACAUCGGACAUGGACUUACAAAACUUGUGACGUGUCUGACAGAUCCUGGAUAUCAUAAUUGUUUUCUGUAAACUUUAAAUAUUUCUAUCAAUUUGUAUGUCCUUAAAAUGACAACGUAGACUUACUAGAGUUACAUUUUUCACCGAUAAUAAAUGUAACAACAAAGAUAACUAGGUGCUGCAUUCCAUUAGGAAAACUGAUGACGACGUUUUAUGGCAUGCAAAACACAUGUUAGGCCAAAUGUCCGAAUGCUGCUUUUCUUUAGUUACGUGCUAGCACCCUUAUGGAAAGUACACUAAGAAAUUCCAGCAUAGUUCUUUACUUGAAGCACUGUAAAUUAAAGACUUCUAACCUUAGUUCCUUAGGUUAAAGAACCUAGAAAACCUGUUCUAUUCUUCUGAUUCCUGUUCUAGCUAGCAUUAGCUAUAUCAAUGGCGAACCACUCAUCCCCAGAAAAAGCCAAUAACAGCACAAACCAAGAUUCUCAAACUGUUCUUGCUAAGGAACAAAGGGAAGGAGCUUUUCCAGCUGAUCAAGUCAAUAUUCUGAUUCCCUCACUGGCCCAGUGGAGAAUUCACAGGGGGCCGCCACAACUGCGUGGAAACAAUAACCAUCUCUAGGAGCCCGCUGUUCUUUCACUCGGUCCUUACCACCACGCUCGACCCCAUUCCCCUCAGGUGGAGCAACUAAAGGUGGAGAUUCCUAACAUGUUCGUGUCUGCAGGCAGUGCUGAUAAGGGUAAAGAGUUCUUCCUUAGCAAGAUUUUGGAAAGAACAGAUGAAAUCAGGAGCCAUUAUGAAGGAGUUCUGAGGAACGAUUUCACCGAUGAAGAAUUGGCUGAAAUGAUCCUCUUGAUGCCUGUUUUCAUCUUAUACUUUCUGGAAAUGGUAGGUGAUGAGGAAAUGGAGAUUUGCUUUUUCCUUCUACUCGGCAUGUCUGGAGCUGUAUUCUUGGCCGCAAUCUCUUUAUGCUUCUCUGGCUGCUAUGGGUCAUCAGGUUCUUGAUUGGUUUAAUAUAUGAUAAUAAUGGUGAAGGAGAUGCAUUGCUACGCAAAUUCUUGAACUCACCGAUUCCCCCUCAUGAGAGGCUGAUGCAAUUCCCCUGGGCGAUGAAUGAAAUCAUCCCAUGGAACAUGAAGAUGGCAGCAGCAAGCCGCGCGCACAUGGCUGUGACAGUGAACCGCCUGUUUUGGUUCCUUCAUGGUUCUCAAAGCAAAAGGUGUUUGCUUCAGGCCGACCACUCAUUGCCUGACAGACAUCAGAUUCCAUUCCUCCUGGUUCUAUGGACGUCUCCAGCUCCCUGUCCUGUUCGUCUCUGAUAUACAAAGGUAACCCUGUCUAACAUUAUAGCCUCUGAAAUGUCCCAGGAAACUGAAACUGAUGCUGCCGUGAUAUCUUAUGUUAACUUCAUGAAAUUGUUGAUUGAGAGCCCGAAAGACAUUAAGGAGCUGCCCGAGAAGGUUGUGCUGGCUAGCAACCUGGGAAGCAGCGAGGCAGUGGUGAGAGUGUUUAAAGAGACGAUACAUAUGAAUGGACAAUGCGCGGGUUUUUGAAGAAGUGAAGAGAAUCAAUGAGCAUUGUGAUAGCAAGCCCGAGACUUGGAUGGCUGAUCUCAUUCAGACUUACUUCGAUAGUCCCUGGAAUGCUAUUGCUCUCUUGGCAGCCAUGUUUCAUCUCUGCCUCUCUUUUCUCCAAACUUACUACAGAAUCCAUCCAGCAAAGGACAAAAAUGAUCGGAAUCGUGCACGUGACAUGCUUAAUUAGGUGCAUGUUUGUGAUCAUUUUAUCAAAUUCAGAUCAUUAAAAUUCACAUGCCUAAAUGGCCAAAAUAGAUUUGUAAGAUUGCGACUUCCCAAUU